AUGACUGGAGAAGGUUUACCCACGUUCAACCCAAAUGAGGACGACGAAAGCGUAUACCCAGCAUGGAAGCGGUGGCUUAGAGCUUUUGAGUUAUUUGUGGCAAGUAAAAAUGUGGCAGACAAUAACAGGAAGAAAGCAAUGUUAUUGCAUCACGGCGGGCUCGAAUUGCAGGAUGUUUUCUAUACGUUGCCAGACGCAGAUAGCGUCGGGGAAGGAGAAAACGCGUACAAAAAAGCGGCGGACGCGCUAACGACGCAUUUCAAGCCAAAAUUGAAUAUGGCGUAUGAGAGGCACAUGUUUCGUCAGAUAAAACAAAGGGACGGUGAGACUAUGAACCAGUACAUCACGAGAUUAAGGCAACAAGCGAAAAAUUGCGAAUUUCCAGCGGAGGAAAUAGAAAUUUGUGGGCAAAUAGUGGAAAAAUGUGCGUCGAACGAAAUUCGACGGCGCCUCUUGGAGAGGGUAGACUUCAAGCUGAAUGACGCCAUGGAAAUUGCGAGAACGAUCGAGGUGAUCGAGCUACAAACAAAAAACAUUGAAAGGCAAACGGUUGCUGCGACGCAUAGUGGGAAGAAAGAACGAAAGUUCGAGAUGGGGACAGAGAAGGAAAACGAAAGUCAAUGUUUCCGGUGUGGAUAUACAGGACAUUCGUACAAGGAUGAGAGGUGUCCAGCGAGAUCGAGAACGUGCAGUAAAUGCGGAAAAAGGGGCCAUUUUGCGGCGAGGUGCAGAUCGCCGAUGGCACCGAACAACGGAGGAAGGCGAGAACCACCACGUGCCAGAGUGAGGGUCAAGGAGCUGGAUGAAGAGGCCAGGGCAGAAGGAUCGAGAUAUGCAUUCGGUUUACAAACGGAUUGCCGGAUUAGUGUAAUGCAAGAGGGACAGUGUACGAACGUUAAGAUAGGCGGUAUUAGGUUAAAUAUGUUAAUUGAUUCAGGGGCACAGUGCAACGUGGUCAAUGAAAACACGUGGACGUGGUGCAGAGACAGGAAAAUCGUCUGUGAAACGAGUAGGUGCGUAGACAAAAAUGUAUAUCCAUACGGACAUGAUACCGCGCUCGAGCUAAUAGGGCAAUUUUGGUGCGAUGUUGAGGUUGAGGAUAAGAAAAGGAAAGCGAGUUUCGUAGUUUUGAAAGGUAAGGGGCGACCAAUUUUAGGUUAUAAAACGGCCAAAGAGCUGGAAAUAUUAAGAAUAGGGUUACGAGUAAAUGAAGUAGAGGUAAAACGGGAAGAGCUUGAUAUUUUUCGGGGGAUAGGGAAACUGAAAGACUUCAAAUUAACGAUACCUAUUGAUAGGUCACAGCCACCCGCCGCACAGCCAGUGCGAAGAUUACCGUUUAAACUACGAGAUCAAAUCAAUAAACAAUUAAAAGAAUUAUUCGAUCUGGAUAUUAUUGAGACGGUCGAAGGCCCAACAGAAUAG